AUGCAUUACACUGCCUGUUUGGGAUCUUGUGACGAAGAGCAGCAGAUAGACGAAGAGGAGAGCGAGAAUGAAGAUGAAGAUAGAAACGAAAACGAAGAUGUAAACGACAUAGAAAGAGUCCAGCGCACGCAUUCUAGCAGAGCCCACUCCAACACUAUCGUCCCCGCAGCAUAUGCAACUAGCGCGAUCCCGGGAAUCACAGGGUGCUACCGGAGUUCGACCAAUUACUGGCUUUUCAUACUAUUUCUUCUCUCUUCUGUGUUCGAACUGGGACUCAUGAUCAUCACGCUCAUACGUGCCAUACAGAGCUCGCGGACAAACCAAAGCCGUCUGUACGUUGUUCUGGUGAACCAUAACAUAUUCUAUUAUGUAUGCGGUUUUUUGUUUUCGGUGACGACCGUCUUCACAUUGCUGCUCCUUCAGGACACCUACCAGACCAUUUUAAAUGGUUUCCAGUUUACGAUCCUUGCAACCCUCGCCACGCGCAUGCACUUGCAUCUCUGGCAGAUAAACCAACAUCCACACGGCUCUACUAGUGCGCUCGUGCAUAUUCCAAUGUCUGACAUUUCAUUUGCAAAUACCACGGAGUGAUUUCUUAUUCUGUGGCUUAUUCGGUGUCGUUUAUGGAGCGAGGCUUGGACCGUACAAGAUGACUGAUGGGGUGGGCUAGAUAGAGUUUUGUUACCUGCUGAAUUUAUAGGAUGAGUCUGUCACGGGGAGGUAGGGGCAUUUGGAUAUCCUUCGUCUAUUUGACACCUGUAUUUUCCACGGCGUCUAUCCUCAAUGCGAUAGCAUUCAAGCUUGGUUUGAGGGACUCUUGCCUACACAUACCUGUAUGUAUGAAC